CGAGCUAUGGUUUUCCUGCAGGUCCUUUGAGGGUAUAUCAUGGCUGCAACCUCCCAGGUGUUCAGGGUCAUCCGUGGCAGGAGGUUUGGUCAGAUACUGGUGCCAGCCAUGACAUGCCAAAACUCCAGCCGUCCUCCUCAUCCAUGCAUCAAUGCAACUCAGCCACACGGCUUUGAACAAAGAUGGCAGCACCAGGUGCGGGGAUACAGGACCUCACCUGUAUGGCACACCCACUACUUGACCCCACCUCAGGUUAACAGUAUUCUAAAAGCUAACGAGUACAGCUUCAAAGUUCCUGAGUUUGAUGGUAAGAACCUCAGUUCGGUCAUGGGCUUUGACAGCAACCAGCUACCAGCAAAUGCACCCAUUGAGGAUCGCCGAAGUGCAGCAACAUGCUUGCAGACCCGUGGCAUGCUUUAUGGCGUAUUUGAUGGCCAUGCAGGCUGCGCAUGUGCUCAGGCACUCACCGAGCGCCUCUUCUAUUACAUUGCUAUCUCAUUACUGCCACAUGAGACAUUGAUGGAGCUGGAGGAUGCAGUGGAGAGCGGAAGACCUCUUCACCCGAUAUUGCAGUGGCACAAGCACCCCAAUGACUACUUCAGCAAGGAAGCUUCACAGCUCUACUUCUCCAGUUUGCGCACGUACUGGCAGGAACUGCUGGAUCUGAGCGCUCCUGGGGAGCAACCGGAUGUUGCUGAAGCUCUUGUGAGUGCCUUUAAACGGUUGGACAAUGACAUGUCCCUUGAAGCACAGGUUGGCGACCCGAAUGCAUUCUUGCACUACUUGGUGCUCCGUGUUGCAUUCUCAGGUGCUACUGCAUGUGUCGCCCACAUUGAUGGUAAUGAGCUGCAUAUUGCCAACACUGGAGAUUGUCGUGCAGUCCUGGGCGUACAAGAACCUGAUGGCUCUUUUUCUGCCCUCACGCUCACCAGUGACCACAAUGCGCAGAAUGAAUCUGAGAUGAAGCGUGUGCUGUCUGAGCAUCCACUUUCUGAGGCCAAGAGUGUGGUGAAGCAGGAUCGACUGUUGGGGUUACUCAUGCCAUUUCGAGCCUUUGGAGAUGUUAAAUUCAAGUGGAGCAUUGAACUACAGCACCGUGUUCUUGAGUCUGGACCGGACCAGCUCCAUGAAAACGAGCACGCCAAGUUCAUCCCACCCAACUAUCACACACCACCCUACCUUACGGCAGAACCAGAGGUGACGCGACACCACCUUCGUCCACAGGAUCGUUUCCUGGUGCUGGGUUCGGACGGGCUGUGGGAAACACUACACAGGCAGGAGGUGGUGAGGAUUGUGGGUGAACAUCUCACUGGAGUGCACCAGCAGCACCCAGUCAGUGUUGGUGGCUAUAAAGUGACCCUGGGUCAGAUGCAGGGAUUGUUGCAGGAGAGGAAGGCUCGCAUCUCCUCCACCUUCGAAGACCAGAAUGCGGCUACGCACCUGAUUCGGCACGCGGUGGGGAAUAAUGAGUUUGGAAUGGUGGACCAUGAGAGGUUGUCAAAGAUGUUAAGCUUGCCAGAGGAAUUAGCCCGCAUGUAUAGGGAUGAUAUCACAAUCAUUAUAGUGCAGUUUAACCCACACGUCAUUGGCGGACAGUAGAAGCGGACACACUCUUUCUUUCACAUGUUCCGUUACAUACAGCUCAUCACACUGCAUUAUCAGUAAUAUCAGCACAGCAAAAUGUUACCUAUCUCUAACAGUGGAAUGUAUUACC